AUGCAUCCGUUCUGUUGCGUUUCAUCAAUGACAAUUAACAGCAACGAUAUGCCUCCUGCGCCGGCGCCGGUAUUUUCUACCGAUGCACAAGUUAAGAAUCGGAAUUCGGUGAUGUCAAGGACGUCGUCCACGCGUGAGGAUCAUCAAAAUAUAAUUGUUUUGAAUACUAAUUGCAGUAAUAAUCAUAGUCAAAAUUACAAUAGCCGGGAGCAGCAGCAAGUGAAGAUCAAUGAUAUAGUGGGCGAUGGCAUUUCUGGAAUUUUAUGCAAAUGGGUCAAUUAUGGUAAAGGGUGGAGGUCUAGAUGGUUUGUGUUGCAGGAUGGGGUGUUGAGUUACUACAAGAUCCAUGGGCCUGACAAGAUUUUGGUUAGUCAGGAGGCUGAAAAGGGAUCGAGAGUGAUCGGAGAAGAGUCGAUCAAACGGAUGACGAGGCAGAAUUACCACAACAAUCAUCAUAAGAAUGUAACCUAUGGUUCUUCUUCGAAAAGCCGGAAGCCCGUUGGUGAAGUUCACUUGAAGGUCUCAUCUGUUAGAGAGAGCCGAUCAGAUGAUAAAAGAUUUUCCAUUUUCACGGGAACAAAGAGGCUGCACCUGAGGGCAGAGAGCAGAGAGGAUCGAAUAGCAUGGAUGGAAGCACUACAGGCCGUGAAGGAUAUGUUUCCGAGAAUUUCCAACAGCGAGUUAAUGAUUCCUCUGGACAAUGUUUCUGUCUCAACUCUAAAGUUGAGACAGCGAUUGUUGGAAGAAGGUGUAAGUGAAUCUGCCAUUCAGGACAGCGAGCAGAUUAUGAGAAAUGAAUUUGCUUCUCUGCAGAGCCAAUGGAUGCUUUUGAAUCAGAAGCAUUCCAUGCUCACUGACACUUUGCGACAUUUAGAGACAGAAAAGGUAGAUUUGGAAAACACUGUUGUUGAUGAGAGCCAGAGACAGUUAAAUGAAACUGAAGCAUCUAGUAGAUCGAGGCAAGACAAAUACAGUGAAAGCGCGAGUGAAUCUGAAGAUGAAAAUGAAAGAGUUGAUGCGGCAGAGGAUGAUACUGAUGAAGAAGACAAUGCAUUCUUUGACACCAAGGACUUUCUAUCGUCAAGCUCUUUCAAAAGCAAUGGGUCUGACUUUAGGACAUCAUCAUUUUCAUCCGAUGACAACGAACUAUAUGCUUUUGAAGCCGAUGAUUCUAUUGAUCCUGCCAUUAGAGCUGCGGGGACUAACUUUCCUUAUGUUAAACAUCGGAAGAAACUGCCAGACCCUGUUGAGAAAGAGAAAGGAGUGAGUUUAUGGUCGAUGAUUAAAGAUAAUAUCGGGAAGGACCUGACAAAAGUGUGUCUUCCUGUAUACUUCAAUGAACCUCUCUCUUCCCUGCAAAAGUGUGUUGAAGAUUUGGAAUAUUCACAUCUUCUCGAUCGGGCUUAUGAAUGGGGAAAGCGGGGUAACAGCCUUAUGAGGAUUCUAAAUGUAGCUGCAUUUGCAGUAUCUGGAUAUGCUUCCACUGAAGGAAGAAAUUGCAAACCAUUUAAUCCACUGUUAGGGGAGACUUAUGAGGCUGAUUAUCCAGAUAAGGGCUUCCGAUUCUUCUCGGAGAAGGUGUCUCAUCAUCCAAUGGUAGUAGCAUGCCAUUGCGAGGGUACUGGCUGGAGGUUUUAUGGUGAUAGCAAUCUGAAAAGUAAAUUUUGGGGUCGCUCAAUCCAGCUUGAUCCAGUUGGUGUUUUAACCCUAGAAUUUGAUGAUGGAGAAGUUUUCCAAUGGAGCAAGGUAACAACAUCGAUAUACAAUCUUAUUCUGGGGAAACUAUAUUGCGAUCACUACGGUACAAUGCGGAUAGAAGGAAAUCGUAAUUACUCAUGUAAACUGAAAUUCAAGGAGCAGUCUAUCAUAGACAGAAAUCCUCAUCAGGUGCAAGGAAUAGUCCAAGAUAGGAGCGGAAAGACCGUAGCAACUCUAUUUGGAAAAUGGGAUGAGAGCAUGCAUUAUGUCAAAGGAGACUUCUCAUCUAAGGGAAAAGAUCACGAAUCUCUGUCAGAAGCUCAUUUGCUCUGGAAACGUAGUGAGCCUCCUAAGUUCCCUACGCGUUAUAAUUUGACACGCUUCGCCAUCAGACUGAACGAGCUUACUCCUGAGCUGAAGGAAAAGCUGCCCCCAACAGAUUCAAGGCUGAGACCUGAUCAAAGGUGCUUGGAAAAUGGGGAAUAUGAAAUGGCUAAUGCAGAAAAAUUGCGACUGGAGCAGCGGCAGCGGCAGGCCCGGAAGAUGCAAGAGAGGGGUUGGAAGCCUCAGUGGUUUGCGAAGGACAAAGGCUCGGAUACCUACCGCUAUAUUGGAGGGUAUUGGGAAGCAAGGGAACGGAGGAAAUGGGAAUCAUGCCCUGAUAUUUUUGGUCAAAUCUCUUCCGAUCAAAUAUUAGAGAGCAGCAAAUAUGCCCAUAACCCGCGUGUAUAUUACUUGGACGAAGCAACUAAGUUGGUUCAGUUGAUAUUCAUUUUGUUUCUGCGAAUUCUUCGAUUCUCUUCUCCAUCGGUCCUCGGUUUUUGCUGUGAACUCCAGAAAAGUUGA